CCACGGAUGAAAAAUAGUAAUACACAUAAAUUUGAGUAGGCAGACAUACUUAUCCGUGAUACGAUACAGACCGUAAGAGAUUAAAUGUUGUCAGUGGUUAUGUUGUAGCAAUGGGAUUUCAUGUGCUUAUUGUGUUAGCAUUUAUUGGUGUUUUGGUUGCCAGUGUACUGACUGAAUUUUCUGCAGAAGAUUGCUGGUCACUGGGACUGAAUAAGGCAAAUCUACUGUGUUCAUCAUGUGACAACUUGCCAACCUUUGAACUUGAUAUUUUAAAGGACCACUGCAACCAGUGUUGUCACAGGGAUGAAAGUGGCCAUGCAGUAAAACGAUAUGCCCAGGCUCGACUUGAGGUCUGUACCUGUAAAUUUGGUGCUUACCCACAGAUUCAAGCAUUUGUUAAAAGUGAUCGACCAGCAAAAUUCCCCAAUCUCCAAAUUAAAUAUGUUAGGGGCCUUGACCCAAUAAUAAAAUUGAUGGAUAAGGAUGGAAAUGUUCAAGAUGUGCUUGCUAUAGAUAAGUGGAAUACAGAUUCAGUGGAAGAAUUCCUGAAAAUGCAUUUGCUGUCUGACAGUGAAGAAAACGAUUUCUUAGAAACAAAUAUGAUAUAAUAGCUGACAGUUAACUAGUUAACUUUAUAUAGGUUACCAGGUGUUUAAAUAAUGAUGUGAGAAAAUGAUGCAAAAACAUAUAUUACUUAUACAUAAAUAUUUAACUCAGUUUAAUUUUUUUGUAUGUAUUUAUUUUACUGGCUUCCCUUCGUUUUAAAAUACUCUUUUUUUUCAGAUUUACUUGAAAUUCAGAUUUGUACAUUUGAUUCCAGCAAAGAUUUCAGCUAAUGACGCUUCACAGUGUUACUGCAUAAAGAACCUAUCUGCAUUUAAAAAAAAAGAUGAAGAGAGAAAUUUGUAUUGUAUGGUUGGUGUUUUGUAAUAUAGUGUAAAACAUUCAAAUAGGUUUAUUGUUUUGAAUGUAUAUAAUCCAGUCCUGUUCCAGUCUCCAUUUGAGGGAUAUCACUGUAGAUUACUUGCUUCUGUGUUACUUUUGUCAGCUACUGAAUGUACAUGUUAAACUGAAAUACAAAAAAUUGAACCAUAAUAUCUGAGCCUAGGUCUUUUGAGGUUGAUAUUGCAAUUGAAAGAUUGGAGAGUGUAAAUCACCAGGCUGUUGCUGAAACAGUAGAUGAAACAUGACAUUCUGAAUGAAGAUCUAUUCAUCCUAUUUGGAAUAAAGAAUUGUGACAGUA